AUGGCUGAGAGCCAGGGCAAUUCAUCGUCAAACCAAUUGAACCAAGGUUCUGGCCGGACAUUCAACUUCCAGCGUUUUGAUUUCCGUUCAAAUAAUGACAUACAGAAAGAAUCAGAAAAACGACGAGCUCUUAAGCUCUCGUUACCAACACAGAGCAGUAGCUUACCAGCAAAUUCCAGUAACUCUAACUCUACUUCAAUUAAUCCUACUGGAACAUCUGCUGGUUCUCCUGUACCAAACUCACGUCCUACCUUGCCUUUGUCGAUGUCUAAAUUACCCGUUAAAUCUCGAACACCACCACAACAAGGACAUUUUCCUGAUAAAGCACGGGAUAAAUUGAGAAUGUGCCAGUCGAUGCAAAGUACUGGUAAAUUACAAUUAUCACCCGACACAGUGUAUGAUUUUACAAGUGAAGAUCUACAAGACGUUGGUGAAAUUGGCCGAGGAGGUUUUGGUACUAGAAUUCGUUCUACGGUAGAUGAAAGAGAACAGAAUCAACUAUUAAUGGACUUGGAGGUGGUAAUGAAAUCAAACGAGUGUCCAUACAUCGUGCAAUUUUAUGGAGCUUUAUUUAAAGAAGGUGACUGUUGGAUUUGUAUGGAGCUAAUGGACACCUCAUUAGACAAGUUUUAUAAAUUUAUUUACGAGAGAUUAAAUAAAAGGAUACCCGAGUGUAUCCUUGGUAAAAUAACAGUAGCUACUCCGGAACGAAUAGAUCCUCAACGAGCUCGCGGUUAUGAUGUAAGAAGUGAUGUCUGGUCAUUAGGAAUUACUUUGAUGGAAGUCGCAACUGGAUACUUUCCAUAUCCCAAGUGGAAUUCUGUUUUUGAACAGUUAUAUCAAGUUGUCCAAGGUGAUCCGCCACGAUUAUCGCCCAAUGGCAACGGCAAUCAUUUUACUAUGGAAUUUGUAAACUUUGUUAACACUUGUUUAAUAAAAGAAGAACAUCAACGUCCGAAGUACAAUAAACUUUUAGAUCACGCAUUUAUAGUCCGAUCAGAAGAGGCGACAAUUGACGUUGCUGCUUACAUCAGCAGCAUUUUAGACAAUAUGGCAAAUAAUGGAGUAACACCAUUUACAACCGAUCAGCCUUAA